AAAAAAUGGCAGAAAGGAGAAAGGAGAAGGUAAUACGCUUGAUUUGAUCUCUGUUCGCCUGAAGAAAGGCCUGCUUAGCCUUAGCCAACGUGGUCGCAAACGCGCGUAUCGCCCCCCGUUAUCAAAGAAGUCACAGAGGUGUGUGUCUGUGUGUGUGUGUGUGUGUGAGAUAGCUGUGAUAUGUGUGUGUGUGUGUGUGUGUGUGUCUGAAUGUGUGUGUGUGUGGGAGUGUAUGUGACAGCUUGUAUGCGUGAGGGUAUGUGUGUAUGAGAGUAUGCGUGGUAGGUGAGCUUGGAAGCCUACUGGAGUCACCUACUGCAGAGAAGGACUGGCUAAGUGUUGCGUUGGACUGCCGAGCGACAGAACGGGAGAAAAAGAGAAAAGGAGAGAGUUGAAGUGAGGAAGAGGAGGAGGAUGAAGGAGGCUUUUCUGUGGCUAGUGUGCAGCUGCUAUCUGCUCACCCUCACAGGGGCCUCGGACACAGAGCGCCACCUACUGGACAAGCUGUUUAAGGACUACAACCUGAAGGUGCGACCAGCACGGACAUGGGACGAGAAGGUGAUGGUCAGGGUUGGGAUGACCCUAGUCCAGCUUGUCAGCCUGGAUCAGAAGAAUGGUGAGAUGACAACCAAUGUGUUUAUGAAUAUGGCCUGGACAGACUACCGGUUGUCCUGGGAUCCAAAAGAGUAUGACAAUAUUGACGUGCUCCGAAUCCCCCCAAACAAAGUGUGGCGUCCAGACGUAUACCUCAUCAACAACAAUGACGGGCAGUUUGAUGUGGCGCUGUAUGUGAACGUGCUGGUCAGCUACACUGGAGAAGUGUCCUGGCUCCCCCCAGCCAUCUACAGAAGCAGCUGCUCUAUAGAGGUGGCCUACUUCCCAUUCGACUGGCAAAACUGCUCCAUGGUUUUCCGCUCGUACACGUACGACUCAUCAGAAGUGGACUUGCAGUACGGACUGGACGAGAAUGGCAAUGAGAUCCACGAGGCGGUUAUUGAUGAGAAUGCUUUCACAGAGAACGGAGAGUGGCAGAUUUGUCACCGGCCGUCGCGUAAGAAUGUGGGGGACGACCUGUAUGAGGACAUCACCUUCUACCUGAUCAUCGAGAGGAAGCCGCUCUUCUACAUCAUCAACAUCAUCGUGCCCUGCAUUCUCACCAGCGUGCUGGCCAUAUUUGUGUUCUAUUUGCCACCCGGUGCAGGCGAGAAGAUGACCUUAUCCAUCUCGGUCCUCAUCGCCCUGACUGUGUUCAUGCUUCUGCUGGCGGACAAAGUCCCCGAGACCUCGCUGGCUAUCCCCAUCAUCGUCAACUACGUCAUGUUCACCAUGAUCCUCGUCACCUUCUCUGUCAUCCUCAGCGUGGUGGUGCUCAACCUCCAUCACCGUACUCCCAGCACUCAUCACAUGCCGCUGUGGGUGCGCAAGGUCUUCAUCCACUUCCUGCCCAAGUACAUUGGCAUGCAGAGGCCACACCCAGAAGAGCCACCGGAGGAGGAGGAGUCACAUGAUGACACGCCCCUUAGUCACAUACGUCUGGAGAGCCGCAGGCCAGGUGGGGAGUACUUUGUCCGUAAAAUCGACCCGGCGCUAGUCAUGCCCUGGAGAGGCAGUGACAGUACUGUGCAGCUGCAGAGGUACUUUGACAGUGACAGCUACUGUCUCAUCCUCCCUCCCAACCUCAAGUCUGCCAUCUCUGCUGUCACCUACAUGGCCGAACAGCUGAAGAACCAGGAUAUAGAUGAUACAAUGACGGAUGACUGGCAGUACAUCGCCGUGGUGGUGGACCGCCUCUUCUUCUGGCUCUUCGUCAUCAUCACCACACUGGGCACUCUGGCCAUGUUCCUGGAUGCCAGCUUCAACUACACCCCCACUGACCCUUUCCCCUGAGAGAGACGUGACUAGAACUCUUCAACUACACCCCCACUGAGCCUUUCCCCUGAGGGAGACGUGACUAGAACUCUUCAACUACACCCCCACUGAGCCUUUCCCCUGAGGGAGACGUGACUAGAACUGUUCGGACAAGUUUAUGUAUUCUGAACAUCUCCAGAAAACAGCUUCAACAACUUCUACAACUAGCUUCAACUACACCCUAACAAUCCUUUACCCUGAAAGGCUUUCUUGUGGUCCUGAGCUCUUCAGACAGGUUUCUGCAUUCUAGAACUUUCCAGAUAAGUCUCCUGCAUUCUAGAACUCUCUAAGCAACCUCCAGACAAUCCUUCUACAACACCAGACCACCCUUUCUCCUUGCUGCCUUCUACAACUCUUUAAACCAGAGUUUUGGUUUAAAGAGUUGUAGAACCAACCAACACCAAGUCAUUGAGAGCUCCUGCAUUCUAAAACUCUAUAACUAUGCCAGUAUUCCAGACCUCAUAAAUCAGAAAAUAAAUCAGAAUGAACAAGAACAGAAGUAAAUCACAAAAUGUUGCCUGAUAUUUGAUUGUAGUGCAUAUAUUCCAACAAAGGGGCAGCCAGUAUGUCAUAAAUGUCUACCUUCCUCGAGGGGUGUUCAUCCCCAAACAGUUCCCUUUUCAUCCCAACACUGAUCAUCUGUGUUUGUGUGUGUGUGUGCAUGGCCUUUUGGCAAGUCUAGCAAUAUUGGUUGUAAAAAUGAGUUUGGCCAAAAUGUGGACUUGACACGGAAGCAUAUGGAAUAGUAUCGGUAUUUAGUCAUGAUUGGCGUUGUUUUCAUGUAGCAUUGUUAACAUGAAACUUUGUUAGCCGCAUGAGUAGCAUGAGCAUAGCCAACCAUUUAAAAAAUAUGUGCCUUUUUAAAUAUUGUAAUAUUGUAUUUGAAUAUGUUGAUAACAUAAUGACAUCCAUUUUCAUGUCAGGGAACAAAUUAUUGCAUUUACUAGUACUUGACAGGGUGGAAUAUUAUAAAUGACUAAUGGUAAUUAUUUAGUAGAGAAUAUAACAAUAUGAAUUGUUUCAGGUUAUUAUCAUGUCAAGGGCAUUGUACAGUAUUAAAGCAGCAUUAGAUUGUUUGUUUGACAUACACUUUAAAAGUAGGAGUUCAUUUAUUCUUAAAACAGUCUUUUUAUACGUUUGCCUUCAGGUAAAAAUGCUGUAUUAUAUGUAAUAUGAGAUGCAACUGAACUCUACAUUCAGGAAAGGUUUUCACAGGUGUCCUUUCAAUAUUAUGCAUCCGUUGCAUUCA